UCUAAAAAAAAGUGCUCUGAUUUAUAAAUAAUAAAAAAGAGAUCCUCUAAGGAGGGCAGUUUUUUGUGAUGGCAACUUCACUUCUGGGGGUGAGUCUAAGGAUUUUCUUUUGCUGGUUUAAUUAGCUCUUUAUUGUAGGGAUUCGAGGUGUUUAAAAAAGUCCCAGUCAAGGCAGGGCUAUCAGUCUCUUGUUGAGUUUUUUUUUUAAAGCGAGAGGUAAAAGAGGGGCCGAGUCACAUUUCAGUUUAACAUCGCUCUGAGGGCAUUUGCACAAACUUCCUCUCAGCGCGAUCCCACUGAGAGGCAGAGGGAGGCCUUAAAAAAUAUUUUCAGCAGUUACCUGGGAAUUUGUAGAUCACGAUCCAUCAAGUUCUACAGGAAGAACCGAGGCUAGGAUCAACUCCUUUGGCAAUGUUGGCUGCUACAUGUAAUAAAAUCGGCAGCCCGAGUCCGUCGCCCUCCCUGUCGGACAACCCGUCCUAUGGAAAAGGAUUCCAUCCCUGGAAAAGAUCAGCUUCCAGUUGCAACAACAACUCCAGUCUUUCCGGCUUUGGGGUCUCUGGCUCCCGGAACGGGGCAGGACUGUCAGAUUCAUUCAGUGUCAACUGCUCGUCGGGGAGCAGCGCUUUCUCCCUCACCUCCAACACCUCGUCAACGUCGCCCUUUGGGAACGAGUACUCGGUCUUUCAGUCGCCAUGCUCCAGUAACUCACAGGACGCUGCCCAACCGGUCUUCAUCUCCAAAGUUCAUACCACAGUGGACAGUCUGCAAAACAGUUUACAAGGCAUCUACCCCAGGGUCGGGAUGGCACACCCGUACGAGUCCUGGUUCAAACCGUCCCAUCCAGGGAUAGCUGGGGAUGUGGGGAGCGGAGCAUCGGCUUGGUGGGACGUGCACCCGGGAACAGCUGGUUGGAUUGAUGUUCAGAACCCCAACGGGGCCUUGCCGUCCUCCUUACACUCCAGCGGGCUCCAAUCUCCGCUUCAUUCCCCUCUUGGCGGCUACAACUCGGACUAUUCGGGUCUCAGCCAUUCGGCCUUCAGCACGGCCGGCAUCAACGGAGCAUCUUCUCACCUCCUGUCCAGCGGCCAACACCUGAUCACCCAGGAUGGCUUCAAGCCCGUUUUACCGCCCUCUUACCAGGACUCGGCCCCUUCGCCGCUGGCCGCCAACUCAAUGCUGGGUAGCCCAGCCACCCUGGGCGCAUCUCCGCGCUCUUCGGCCAGGCGCUACUCGGGACGUGCGACCUGCGAUUGCCCCAACUGCCAGGAGGCUGAGCGACUGGGGCCGGCUGGAGCCAGCCUCCGGAGGAAAGGGCUGCACAGCUGCCACAUCCCGGGCUGCGGCAAGGUAUACGGCAAAACCUCGCACCUGAAAGCCCACCUGCGCUGGCACACGGGCGAGAGACCCUUCGUUUGCAACUGGCUCUUCUGCGGCAAGCGCUUCACCCGCUCGGACGAGCUACAGCGCCACCUCCGCACCCACACCGGCGAGAAGAGGUUCGCCUGCCCCGUCUGCAACAAGCGCUUCAUGCGGAGCGACCACCUGAGCAAACACGUCAAGACACACCAGGCCAUCGGGGUCGGGGGCGUCGCGGCCAUCGGAGGGGACAGCGACAGCAAGAAGGACACCGACAGUGAGCACAGCGCCCCCGGCUCCCCACGCUGCCACUCCCCGGAGCUGUUGCAGGCGGCAGCCCUUGGCGGCUCGGCAGCCGCGCUCAAUGGUCACAACAAUGGUCUAGAGUGAGGACGUUGGAACAAGCGACCGGCAAACAAAAAGUAUGCUUAAAACUUAACAGGUUCUCGUGUAAGUAAAACGAGGAGGGGGCUUAAAGAAAAGAUCAAGAAUGCAUCCAAAUCUGCUUUGCUAGCAUAGACCAGAUAGCUCGGGACAAAAAGAAAAAAAUAUAUCCCAGUGUAAAUCUCACCAGGUCCCAGGUCCAAAAUUGUGUGAUUUAAUGAUCCAGGUAGCAAUACCUCCUGUUUUUACUAAUUACCUGCUGGUAUAGUUAUGCCCGAUAAAAAUGCGAAUGCGAGCACUAAUUAAAGUGUCCCGGCUUCAAAGAAAUCUUUUUGAUCAGUUCGAAACAUUUUUCUUUUAAAGUUUUAUUUUGAGACCAAAUGUUUCUCUCUCGCGGAUGGAUUACACAGUGCCUGCCUUUUAAACACCGCUCGGUAAAUUUAUCAACUUUGUAGUCGCACAAGUUGGUUUCGAUAUUUGUUCUCCAAAAGUUCUAUGUUAAUCGAGAAUGUUAGUUUCCGUGGGUUGAAAGAUUUCGCAAAAUUGUCAAAAUAUUCCAAAUAUUAGACUUCAAUAAUGUCGCAUUCACGCGUUUCUUUUUGUCCGGAACUACCUGAAGAAGCUCCAAUACUUCUAGCUCCGAUUGGAAAUUCUGCUUCUCUGGAAAUGAUUUGUAUGUAUAGUAUUUUUUUCUCCUGUAAAUUCUUCGACAAGUAUUUGAACAUAUACAUUAACGUACUUAUUAUUUUCGUUGUCAAAUAAUAAAGUGGCAAAUUGUUUUCAAACACGAUCGACGGCGCUCUGCAGUGAGAAUAAAAAGGAUAACAGCAACUGUAAAAUAUCUGCAAGCCUUUGUAAAACUGGGGAAAAGAUUAAGAUAGUUAAUUAUUAACUAAUCGCUCCACUGGUAUCUAGGUUCGAAAUGUUAUUUGUCCAGGAGACGAUUUUUGUACAGUAUUUUCCUGUAAAUUCUUCCGAAAAAAAUAUUUGAACAUAUAUAAGGGUAAAUCUAAGGGAUUUUUGGUUGUUGUCAAGAAAUAAUAGUGAGAUGAUGCUGGAGAAUUCAUUGCGAUUUUUUGAAUUAAUAUAUCUUAAGGUGUAUCCAAGACGCACUUUGAGAACUUUUGUUUCCUUUUUCUGUUGGAUUUGUGAAAAAAAUAACAUCUUAAAGAAUGAAGCAGACGAUGUAUGGUAAAUGUUGAAUGGCUUUUUUAUUUUAUUUAAUGGAGCAUGUAUCUACUUAUUUGCAUAUACUGGCAGUCAGAUAGUUUAAAGCAAUUUUCGCAUAUAUUUCGUAACGAGUGGGUUUGCAGCAAACCCCAAAAUAUAGAAUAAAUCCUGGACUAGAUUUGAUCUGUUGUCUACGUGCAUUUGUUUUUUUUUAAAGUAAAGUAUUUAAACUUUCAUAUAAACUGGAGACAAAGUCUAUAAUCUCUGACCAAACUACUUUAUGAAAACAGAAUUGUAAAAAUACGAAUAGGUGCACUUAUUAAAGUGGCCCAUCGUCAUGAACCGUACAAAAAGAGGCAAAGAUACUGUGGAGUUUUGAAUUCUGUCGUGUUCCGUGCACUUUUGAAGUGUUCCCUUCUCUCCGUACGAGAGAGCAUGUCCCAAGACUGUAUUUAAUACAUUUUCUUUGUAUGUCGGCACAGACAUGGAAUUAAUUGUAUCUGAAAUGUGUGUACCAAAAUAAAGUAAUAUAUGUGCAGCAAUCAUCAACGAUCAAACGCUGUUUUAGAUACAAUUUUAUGAAAGAUCAUUCAUGUUUUUUUUACAUAAGACGCAAGGUAGGGUUUCCAAACACCUACUUGUAUCUCCUGUACCAUAUCUCGAGUGAUAUACGUAGCCCUCUAGUUUAUGAGUUGCUGCAAUUAAAUAUAUAUAUAUAUAUACAUAUAUUAUAUAUAUAUAAUUUUAAAAUGUCUCAUUUAGAUAGUACAAAAAGCUGACAUGGGGUAACACUUCCAAUUAGCUGUAAGAGGAGUCCUGCAAUAUAGGAUGGCACAUUAAAAUGAAUACAUUCCCUUCGUUUAUGCAAAUUUCCGUUUCCUGCUUAAGUUGCAGGUUGCUUAGUUUGACCGAAAACUAAAUAUUGCCUCGUCGAAUUAAAUAAGAAAAAAAGAGAACCAGCAGAAGAACUAUUGUUCCAAUUUACUUUGAUAUUCCACUACGAUUUUUUUUCGCUGAAAGUUUGAUUUACUUUACAAACAAUCUAUUCCUUUUAAAUUGCUCCAGGCAUUGUGUGCAUUAAACAGGAGGCAUUUGUAUGUUAAACGUCCUAAGAGCAAUCUCAAGUGACCAGGCUGCAUCACAACCAUUGAUAUCAAAGGGUUCCUGUUAAUUUUAAAAGCUUUAUUUAUGUAUGUGGAAACGUUCAAAGGCUCCGGAGAUCUGGGACGUUAUCUGAAUAUCGUUAACUCCAGUUGUAAAAGUUUCAAAGACCUAUUCCCUGGCAUUACAAUACUUAUUGUGCCGUUUACAUAAAGCUGCUGUCUUUGUAAUUAUCAAUUAACCAGUAGCAAUGGGCUUUGGCCUUUGGACGCUCAGUUAUAGGCAUUGUAUCGUGUCAGGUUAAAUUAAGGAAAUCCACAAAAAGCUCUCAAAUAAAAGUUAUGUAUUCGAUCGGGGCCUGUCUAAAUUGAUUUCCGUUCCCAAUCACACUUGUGCUUCUAUUUUUUCUGAUCGUAAAGUUGCACUGUCCAGGCCAAACAUGUAAGUCAGUAUUUAAAUACAUUAUGUUUGUAAAAGCAGCAUUUUUCACCCGUCUGUAUCUACGCAUGCGGUUGAUUGCGGUUAGAGUGACGAUAUCAAUAAAUAUAUAUUUCACCA